AGUUUGUUGAAGAUUGUGUAGUUAAUACCAUGAAGCUACAAGUCAUUUUAUUAUUUAUAAUAUCUGCUGUAUCAAAUGCUCUUGUCGUCCGUUUAGUACACGAACGGGGUUUGUUAAUAAAUGCCCACGGACUUGGAGGUGUUAAAAUGGAUCCGAUACACACUGAAAUGUUGGGUUUACCUAGUCACAUUAACUUUAAUGCCGAAGCAGAAGGACGUGGACGCACUUACAUUGGUCAAGCAGCUUUGAAUUAUCCUUAAUUCAUGUGAUAAAUAAAGUAGAAAUUUG